AUGGCUGACAACCCAGAUAGAACGCAAACACCAAUAAUCUUUGCACCAAAGACAUAUCAAUAUGAUAAAUCCACUUUGAAGGAAGCAGACCUUCUCCCUGAUCCAAUUGAUCAAUUCACGAAAUGGUUCGAGGAAGCCAAGAAGGAUCCUCGAGAAACACUGCCUGAAGCAAUCACUUUUGCCUCUGCUGAAUUACCUAGUGGUAGAGUCUCAUCAAGAAUCUUAUUAUUUAAGGAAUUAGAUCACCGUGGGUUCACCAUCUAUUCCAAUUGGAUGACUUCUAGAAAAGCCGAGGAUAUCAAGUCAAACCCACAUGGUGCCAUUAAUUUCUUUUGGAAGGAUUUACAAAGACAAGUUAGAGUGGAAGGUCUUACGGAGCAUGUCAAUCGUGAAACCUCAGAACGUUACUUCCACACGAGACCUCGUGGUUCCAAGAUCGGUGCCUGGGCCUCACCUCAAUCGAAAGAAUUGAAAGACAGAGCCGAAUUGGAUGAAUUAGCAAAGAAGAACGCAGAAAGAUUCGUGAAUGUAGAAGAUAUACCAUGUCCAGAUUAUUGGGGUGGGUUAAGAAUUGUUCCCUUAGAAAUUGAAUUCUGGCAGGGAAGACCAAAUCGUUUGCAUGAUCGUUUUGUUUACAGAAGAGCUUCAGAGCACGAUCCAUGGAAGAUCGUAAGAUUGGCACCAUGA